UCGCCUGGCAGAUGACAUUUCAAACGUCACGUCAAAUGUCACUUGUCAAAAUCGGGGAGUUAUCGAAAAUUUUUCUAGAAAAACAAAUAAUUUCAUUGUGUGAGUACCAAAACCGUGCGAAAUGUCUCUAAACACGGCUCAUAUAAACGGCGGUGUUUUAAUACACGCCGGUGAGAGGAUUUUACUGUUCGCGGACGACGUCAGCAUCGAAUGGUCGGGUCAGGGGGACCCCACAUUCAAAGGCACCAAAACCGGCCGCUUCUACCUAACCACCCACCGACUUGUCUUCAACAACAAGAGCGGCAGCGACCCCAUGCAAAGUUUCAGUUUCCCGUUUGUAACACUGAGUGAGGUCGAGAUCGAGCAACCCGUCUUUGGCGCCAACUACAUCAAGGGCAAAGUCAGGGCGCAGCCCAACGGCAACUGGAUUGGCGAGGCCAAGUUCAAAUUCACUUUCAAGCGUGGGGGCGCCAUCGACUUUGGCCAGGCGAUGCUCAAAGCCGCAUAUUUGGCGACGCGAGGAAUGAACAACGACGCCCCUCCCCCGUACGUCCCCCCCAACACCGAAUGGUAUGCGGCUCCGCCCCCGGCCUACGCCCCCCCGCCGGAGGGUUACUACGGCUGGGUGCCGCCCCGUCACCAAUUCCCCGAUAAUCCGCCAACCGACGGCGUUUACAUGACACAAGCUCCGCCCCCGUAUCCCGGCUUAAACCCCGCCUACCAACCGGGAGGGUAUCCGCCCCCGCAAGGGGGUUACCCACCCCAAGGUGGGUAUCCGCCGCAAGGGGGCGCAGCCGGAUUUGCCUCACCUGCAGAUGCGAAGGCAGCCGAGGCCGCACAAUCGGCCUACUAUGAUCCCAAUCGGCCACAGAUGGCGUUCGUGCCGCCGCCGGCUUAUUACGAAAAUCCCCCAAGUUACAGCCAAGCUACCAAUAAGAAGGAACAGUGAUGGGGUCACGUGACACUUAAAAUUUGUAUCAAUUCUUUCUAAUGUCUUUAUCCAAUUAUGCAAAAGUAUUAUUUGUUGGUUUUUAAUUGUUGCAUCAUUCCAUUGAUAGGUCCACGAAAUAUGCAUGCGUUUUUUACGGCAAGGCUUUGCAAUAGUUUGAGGCACUUAUUUGCUUGGAAAUUUUGUAUAGUUGAGAUUAUUGUAAUAUAAUUAUUCUUAUAACGUGUAGAUAGAUCUGUAUAAUGCAAAUAAAUAUUUUAUGUGCAAAUGUGCA